AUGCAGAUAAUUCUACUAGACUUACCUGCCCAUGAAGGUUAUAAUAUCGCUAAGGACACACUGUAUAAAAAUUUUGGCAAACCGCACACAAUUGCAAAGGCUCACGUUCUAAAGUUGAUGAAUUUGCCGCUAUUGAAGCAAGCAGAUGGACCAAGUUUUUUGCAGUUAACUCGACAUCUGGAAGUGGCAAACAGAACCGUCGCUAGUAUGGGGCCAGAAUAUGAAAGCGAGCUGGACCACAUGAACACCCUACGCGAAUUAAAUCGUAAGCUACCACUAUUUAUGAGAGUUAGGUGGACAGAAUGUGCGGGCUCUAUUAUCGAAUCUGGUUCUAGACCUAAAUUCAAAGAUUUCCUUCUGUUUGUGAAGAAAAGAGCCAAACUCGUGAAAAAUGAAUUCGGAAAAGAUCUCUGUUCUGGCGUCGUAAGGAAAGAUGGAGGCAAGAGAUUAGAUGGGAAAAAGGGUCCCUCUGUGAUAACUAGUUCGUUUGCAGCUGGAGCGUACAAACGAGAGAACGGUAGAGAUGGAAAUUUUACAGAAAGGAGAACAUCAAACAUGAAAUGCCUCAUUUGUCAAGAAGGCCAUAGGAUAUGGAAAUGCGAUAAGUUUAAGAAACUUCCUUAUAACGAAAAGAAGAAAUUUGUUCAAGAACAUGAACUUUGUUUCAGGUGUUUCACUAGGGGGCAUUAUGCCAGAUCUUGUCUCAAGACUGAUCUCAAAUGUCGAGUAGAGGGAUGCGGAAAGGGCCACAAUAUGUUGCUUCAUCCACCACAAACGAAUACGUCCAGCAAGGAGGAUUCAAAGGACAAACUGUGUGAAGGAAAUAGCACAAACAAGAAGAGGGAACCGAACAAAGAUGGAAGUCCAGAUGAAGUAAAGGUAGCAGUUGCAACUGGGGCCGGAAACCGCGUGUGCCUUAGCGUUGUCCCACUGAAAGUGAAAGCAAGGGGAAAAAUCGAUCGUCAGUCAGAACUUACGCACUAA